AUGGGUGAUGUAAUGGAAGAACGUUUACGAACCUAUAUAAAAGAAGUGGAGAAUCGAAUGAAAUGUCAACUUGAUGAUAGGAAAAAGUUAAAAGAUGCUAUUCCGUUGUCUGAAGAGCAACUUCGAAAAAUGGACAGUGCGCUGAAGCGAACGACAGCUUUUAUGAAAAAAUUAAAAAAUAUUGGAUGCAUACAACUGGCAUCGAUUUUACAAGAUGUGGAUAAAGUUAAUUUGUCAAAGUUUGUUGAGGAAAUGACUACGACAAUUGCUGAAGCAAAAAUAAAAUAUAGCGAGGUACAGUCCGUCGUAACAGUUUGUGUGCAUUUAUCUUGUUAUUAUUCAGAAUUCUCUUCCCUUUUGUUUAUGGAGUUCCGCAAACUGCUGCCAUCAAAACGAAGUGACAGAAUUCAAAAUCCUUCCAAGUUGCGCGUCGAUAUCAGAUUGCUGGCUGAACUCUGUCUUCACGGUGUUUUUGGAAAAGAAGGCGUGCAACUUUUGGGGUCUGCAGUUUCAUUCCUUACUCUCACGGACAGAACUGAACAUAUCAACAUUCCAAUUUUAUUGCCGUUCUGUAAAGUCAUGAAUGUUGAUUUACUUGGUUUGCACCCUUAUUCAAUGAAACAGGUUGCAUCAGCUGCAAAUAUUAAGUUGCCGGAAACGUCAGUAAUAUCUGUUGAUUAUAAAAAAACAUUUGCACAGCUUCUUCUGGAUUAUCGUGUAUCACUGGUGGAGCAUAUAAAACAGGAUUUGUUUGAAAUGAACCAGUUGCUGCUUUCGAUAAAACGUCAGACGCGAACGCGGGGAGAUGCUUCUGCGGAAGAUCGAAAUCAUCUGGAAGAAAUACGUGCACGGUAUGAAAAGAUUUUAACGAGUGGAAUUCAGCUUAGUGAAUACCUAGGUGUUGAGAUGGAAACGAUGAAAGAAGAGCAGAGCGAAGAUGAAGAAGAGGAGGUUUCCGCACUAGCACUUAGCCGUGCAUUACAUGAAGGAACUAUUACUGUAUGGCCGGAUGAAGACACUCGGCAGUUUUAUGAAACAAGAAUGGAGCUUCGACAGCUUGUCCCGGCAAUUCUUUUCCAGGAAUCGGAACGACGAACUUUAGAUCUAGUCGGUGGGAGGAUUGAAGAUGUUGAUCUGAGCGGUUUGGAUGCAAUUGUUGAAGAAGCUGAAGAUGAGGGUGAUGAUCAUAGUGAAGGUGUCGAUGAUGAAGAAACAAAAGUGGAUUUGAAUGAAAUGGAUCCAUCACUUCCAGUGAAUCAUAUUGAAACGCCAAAAAUAUCUGGACAAGAUUUAAAGCUUAUGAUGCUUGCAUUUAUGGAACAGCUUCCAUGGCUAAUCAAUCGGGAUUUAAUCGACAAGGCUGCACUUGACUUCGUUACGAAUCUGAACACCAGGAACAACAGGAAAAAACUCUGCCAAAUGAUGCUGGAACAGUAUCGAAAUCGAUUAGAUUUGCUUCCAUUCUAUGGUCGUCUGGUGGCAACACUGGAACCAGUUAUGCCUGAUUUGGCUCUUGAACUUUCUCAUGCAUUACUUCAACAGUUUCGGGCAGCUGUACAGAAUAAGAAAAGACAACGUGUUGACUGGAAAAUAAGAUGUGCUCGAUUCAUUUCUGAACUGGUGAAGUUCGGCAUAAUACCGAAAGGCGAAGGCCUUUCUUGUUUGCGGAUGGUGCUUUUUGAUUUCCGUGGUCAUAAUAUCGAUAUGUGCUGUGCAAUAAUUGAUGCAAUGGGACAGUUUUUAUAUCGUUCAACGGACAGUCAUGGAAAAAUGAAAAUCUUGCUUGGCGUUAUGAUGAAGAAGCGAGAUCGUGUCAGUGAUCCGCGACAACAGAUGCUGAUAGAUAAUGCGUUCUACACUUGCAUACCACCACCAGUGGAAGAAAAACCAAAAUCUGCAAGCGACCCUUUUCAAGAUUUUAUUCGUUACUUAAUAAGUAAUUUGUCACGUUACCGGAUGGAAAUAACUAUACGGUGUCUCAGGAAAUUAGACUGGUCUGAUCCUGUUUAUGCUAAUUAUGCAGUUCAGUGCCUCAGUAAUCCAUCUCUACCACGGUACAAUAAUGUGCCAUAUCUUGCUUCACUUAUAGCAGCGCUUUCAUCAUGUCAUGAUUGGAUUGGUAUUCGAGUACUCGACCAAACACUUGAAGACAUUCGCAUCGCACUGGAAGUAAAUAGUCCAUCUCUCCAUCAGAGGACAGUGCUCUCAGUGAUAUUUUUGGGUCAACUGUAUAAUUACAGUGUAUGUGACUCUCCCGUUAUAUUUAAGACUUUGUAUCAGCUGAUCACUUUUGGUGCUUUCGAUCCAUUGCUAGAUGACUGGAGCGAUCUGACACGAAUUGGUCUUGUUUGUGAAUUGCUUCUAAUUUGUGGCGAAUAUUUUAAUGUUGGUUCAGCUAAGAAAAAAUUGGAUUGCUUUUUAGCAUAUUUUUACCGGUAUUUGCUGGCUAAAGAAGAAGCAUUCAAAGCUCGCGAUAUUGUUUUUCCCAAGAAUGUGCGUUUUCGUGUGGACGAGAUGAAUGAUUAUGUACGAAAAGGCAUUAAAAUCCCGGAAUCUUUCGACGAAGCACAACGAAUUGUUGAUGGAAUUCAGCAGCAGUACGGAAAAAUGGUAGAUGCAGCGCGUGAAGGAAAAGUAGACCACCAAACAGAAGAAGUAAUAGACGAAGAGGAAGAAGAACCACGAAAGAUAGACUGUGCCCUUGAAACCGGCAGAGACAAUAUCAGUAGCAGUGAAGAGAUUGUUGUAUCAAUUUAUGAUGAAAAUGAAAGCGUUCGUGUGCAUACAAACCGUGUUAUGCUACCCGAAGACGAACUGUUUGUACGUCAACUUGAGCAAAUAAUUGCAGAAACAAUGCAGAGUAGGGCAAAUGCCGUAAGUGUUCCAGUUUCGGAAAUAGUAGUACCGACAUCUGCACGUCAAAAAUUUCAUAGAAGCAUUGCAUUUGAUGCAAGCGCUACUAAGUCUGAUGAUGCAUCAAAACCGGGAACAGAAACGAGAAUGGCGAUUUUAACGCGAGGAAAAGGAAAUAAAACAGUGCUGAAGGCGAUAGCAAUGGAUGCACCGAGUUUUCUGACGGAAACAUGGAAUGCACAACGGGAGAAAGAACGUAAAGAACUGACCGCUCAUAAGCACAUAACGCUGAGUAUGAAUGAACGAAUGAUGAUGGAUGAUGAUGAAUCUUUAUCAGAAUAA